CCGAAGACGCCAGACGUUGAUUCUGUGUCGGUCGUCUCCGCGCGCGAGUGAUUAUUACGAUGUCGAGUGACGAAAAUAAUUUCAAGUGAUACCAGUGAGUGAUUUUACUCUUGUGUUUAUCAACAUAGGUGGGCCUGUUAGAUUCUCGACGGUAAAAUGUAAGCCUCCAACUGCAAUAUUAGAAGACGCUAUAAAUGCGUGAAGUUUCGACCUACUUCGAACUUUUUCUCAGUUGGACACUCUUAUCCAUGUCGUGGUUGCAGAUACAGAAAUCAGAGUGGAUGCUAAAUGAAUGUUUCUUUUACAGAGGGGUUAACCAUGCAUCGCCUGCUAAGCAUCACGCUGAUCACCACCAUGGCCGCCGACCACAUCUACUCCCAAGAGGACCGGGAGCACCAGGGACCCCGCACGUGUGGUGGCCACUUAAAAUCCCCAGUCGGCAUCAUCCAAACUCCAGACUUCCCCAACCCUUUCCCAGUUCCAAUCAAGUGCCGAUGGAUUAUAGAACACGAUAUACCAAACGGGACUAUAUCAGUAUAUUUCACACAACAGUACACUACUAGUGGAUUGACGUUUACGGAGUAUAUGUAUUAUGAUGAGUCGUCAUAUAAGUUGGGGGAGAGGAGGGCGCUGACGGUGACUGAGGAGAACAUUACGAGGGUUAAAUGGCUUCAGGUCCAAAGCCCAGUUCUGGUCGUGGAACUGACCCUGAACAGGCUCGAGGGCACGCAGCUAAGAGCCCUAGGGCUCCUGUCGGUGUUCGGCUUCAAUAUGACGUAUGCUGUUAGAAGCCCUACGGACGGGCCAGGACCUACCUCGUGCAGCGCCAUCGAGUGUCGAUUAUUGGGACACUGUUAUGCUCAGCGCGAUUACAAGGAAUUCUACUGCGCGUGCUUCGAAGGCUACUCGGGGGCGGACUGCGGUGUGGGCCCGCUGUGUCCGAGGACGUCAAACAUGUGCAAGAACGGAGGCACUUGCAGACAGAUGGGUCCAGCUGCGGUCAGCUGCAUUUGUGCCCCGGGCUUCACGGGGGACCUUUGUGAAUCGCAGAUUGCUGAACCAGAAUGCGGCAUCGAAGAGUGUUCCGAAGGUUGUGAGGGAGGCAUCUGCGAUUGUACACCAAGAGACACGGAUUUUUCGUCAGCAAGAUACGAAACUAGGCUACUGAUCGGGGACCAUCCGAACGGGAACAUAUCACAAGAUUUCGUCAAACAGAUAACAAGCUAUUUAAAGGCAUCCAAUAUAAGUUUGGAAGAUGAUAUUGAAGUACUUAAUGUAAGCUCUCCUGACCUGAACAAUGCAAGGACCGUCUGGCUGCGACUCUGGGGGGCACGACGAGACGCGGGCGCGCUGCGCGCUGCACUGGCUCGGCUAGCAGCCACGCGCGCGCGCGCAGAUCGACUUAGAAUCCUACCCGCCACCCAGCACUUUUUAAUGCAGCCAGCACUCAGUUUACAAGCAGUGGUAGUGAACCAACGGCCAGAAGUAUGGGAGGGGUCAGAGUUCAUACUGAGCUGUAUGGCGUACGGGUCCCCAGACAUCGUGUUCACCUGGUACAAAGACGGGGUCAAAGUCAACUUUAACGGCACCACGAGGGAUAUCUGGACUAGAACAGUCGCAGAAGACGCGCUAGGCCGUCGGAUGUCAGUAUUGGGCAUAUCUGAAGCGAAAAGGCCCGACAGUGGGAAGUGGUCGUGCGCAGCUGAAGACGCCGGGAGAAGGCGAUGCAGGGCGCUGAGAUUAGCUAUAUUGAGGCCGCCUGAUAUAAGACUAGUACCGUCUACGUUAACUGUAAACAAGGGUGACAACGUCAGCAUCACAUGUUUAGCAGGCGCUGGGCGCGUACACGGGGCCUUGGGGUUCAGUUGGGCCCGGGAGAGAACCCUGCUGCCCCUGGCACCAGGGCGCGAGGUCUGGGAAGACCUGUACCCAGCUGGAAGCGUGCUGAAACUUUAUAAUGUACAGAAAUCCGGUGAAUUCCGCUGCCAAGUGUCCUCAGUGGCCGGCACCAACGCCAAAGGUGUGACGAUGUGGGCUCUCGGCGCUGCAGACGAGGCUUGCGAAGCUGAGACCUCCCAUGGUCUGCGGUGGCCGAAGACUGCUCCGGGGGCGCACGCUUCUGCGUCGUGUCCCCCUGGACAUACUGGAGAAACUACCAGAUUCUGCGAGCCAAAGACUGGACAGCAUGGAGUCAAGUGGAUGAUACCCGAUUUUUCCGGGUGCAUCGCUGACUCGCUUAGAGAUAUUUUUGAACAGUUCAGUAGGAUCUGGUACGGGUAUUCCUGGGCUAAUGUAUCCCACGUGGCUCGCCAAUACGGGGGGGUGCUGCACUCCCUCCCCCCGCACCCCGGGGAAGGCAGCAUGCCCCUCCAGCACUCCCGCCAGAUGAUGCACUACCUCCUCUCUCCCGUGGGAAGACCGAAAGACCGGGAAGACUCCACGGAGUAUCUGCUCAAGAUAUAUGACACGCUGUUGAAGCAUCCUGAUACAUUUUUGGAUGAAGAGAAAAUCUACCUCCUCCAAAACGCAGCAGCCGAGACGGCCAGCAUGAAGAAUCACCUAGACCUUCGUCUCCACCAGUUUACAGUCAAAACGAAACCAGUAAGAGAUGACCACGCGGCUCACUUUGACCUGGUUCCCAAUGGUUCCGAAGAGUGGCAGUUGGCUUCGGUUGGUGUGGAACUACUGGGGAGAACCGGGAAUGCGUCCGUGGUGGUAGUGCAGUACCACAAUCUGGCUGCGAGACUGCCUUCUCUAAGGAGAUCUAUUGAGUUCAACGUGCCGUCUUCCAGGAGCGGCCGCGAGGUGGAGCACGUGGUCGCCUCGCAGCAGCUCCAAGUGGCCGCCAGGGGCGCUGGUGUCGACGCCGCUCUACACACCGUCACGAUACUGUUCACCCAUAUCAAGAAUUAUAGCGCUGUUGCUUCAAAACUAGCGUGCGGUCUCCGAACGUCAUCAGAGCCCCGUUCGUGGUCAACCAAGGCCUGUGAGGUCCGAGUGCCUGAACCUUCCCACGUGGCCUGCCGAUGUCGAGGCCUUGGAACUUAUGCUCUCUUCACUAUUGAGAGAUCCACCCUGACGGACGUGGAGAAAGACCUCCGCGGCGUGGUGAAGAUUACGGCGAGCGUGGGGGGCGCCAUGUGCUUAGCGGCGGCCGCGCUGCAGCUGCUGGGCUUGAUCCCGGGGCGGCGGCCGAGGCUGCCGGUGCUGCUGAAGGCGGCCACUGCUGGCACCCACUCCGCUGCUAUACUGACGCUGCUGGAAUGUGAUACAAGACAGGAAGAAGCAUGUCCGGGAGCCCUGGGCUGGGUGUGCGCCGCGUGUUGGUGCGCGGGGUGUGCUGCGCUCUGUGCUCAGCCUCUUCUGCUGCAAGCGGAGUUGGCAGGCCGGUCACAGGGAGCGCCAUCUGUCGGCCUUUUAGCGGGUGUCUGCACCCUAGCCUGGCUCUCAGCCAGACUGUGGGGCGGGGCCCCCCUGCAAUUAGGGGCUGCGGCAGCCUCGGUGUGUGCUGCUGGCUGCGCGCUGCUGGCGGCGCUGUGUCUCGCUCUAGCAUUGUGCGCCGCCGCUAGACUGAGAACUAUCACGCACAAAGUCCCGCCGGAGAGAAGAAACUACCUGAAGGACAGGAGCCGUGUAGUCCGGCACACGCUGGUGCUGCUGGUGACGACGGCGGCGGCGCAGGCGGCCGGCGUUGCGUACGCGCAGCCCGGCGAGCGGCGCCUGGCGCACGCGGCCGCGCUCUCAGCCGCCGCUCUAGCUAACGGCGUGGCGAUGGUGGUGUGUUACGUGGUACGCGACGAAGAGUGCCUGCGAGCCGCUCGCCGCGUGUUGUCUCUGCCGCACCACGACCGCGAUGGGGACACGUCACUCAGUUUGUACAUAAAGCAAGGAGGAGAAGUGGAGAGUCGCGGUGGAGUGGGUACAGUGGAGUGCUCGUCGCCGGUGUCGCCCGUCAGCUCGUACUGGCGCGCGCCGGGGCUCGAGUCUCCGGCCAGGGCGCAUCGAAGACAAUCAACCCCCGACAGCAGAGCAGAUAUCGUCCGCUGCGUCGAAUACAAAGACUCUAUGAUGAGUCCGCACCGCUACGAGACACGGCACAUGUCCACCACCCACGCCGUCUGCGAUCUCAUCCCCCAUCCCCCCUCACAGCCCGAGUACAUGGCCAGGGUCUGUCUAGAACUAGGAGUCCUCAACACACCCCCUCGGGAAACACCCGCCCCCCUCCUCACCUGCUCCGUAGACUUCGAACCCUACCCAGAAAAACACACAGAACCCAAAGAAUGCACCCUCUGCGUACAAUCCAACCCGGACGUCUCCAAAAUCCCAUCCCCACCUAUAAAAAGCUGCUUAAAGAAAAGCAAAAACCCUGACUUCUCUUCCAGCACGUCACUACCGUCCAUUGAAGUGGUCAAGGAGGAACCCAAAAAAUCUGACAUCGAACAAGUGAACAGGGAGUGGAACAAAGCGUACAAUUCCCCAGAUACAGAUAAAAUGCUCAAUAAAAUAUCCAGCGAUCUGGAUUUUCUUCUAAACAGGACUCAAGACGGUAAAACCGUUAUACUCGACCAAAUUGAAGAAGCGCCGACUUAGGGGUGAAUGGUAGUUAAGUAAAGUGAUUCAAUUUAGCAGCGUAAGCAAACGAAUAACAUGGAAACAGGGGUGCAUCAUGCCAAACGUUAGUUAGUUAAAUUGUAAAUAUAUUAUGUAGGUACUUAUUAUAAAAGAUUGUAUCAAAUUGUAUAAGAUUUAUCUGUAAAAUAACUUAUUGUAAAUAAUGACACAGGGAAACAUAGUUACCAUUUUUUUUAUUAUUUUAAUCAGUGAUUUUAUUUUUUACAGUCGCAAGUCGGUUAAAGGUUAGACCAAUAAUACUUUAUUUAACUCCAUCAUUACUAAAAUGUAUAACAAUUUAUUUAAAUGUUUUAAAUUUAUUUUAUAAUUAAAAAACCAUUUAUGAUAGUAUAUUGCUAUUCAAUUUAAAUCAGAUACAAUUUUUUUUUUGUUUAUGUUGAUGUUAAUCUGUAUAACACAGUAGUUAUCUGAUUUUACCAUUCAUGUCUUAAAACAAGUUUCAUAUACUGUAUAAAUUUACUAACAUAGUUAUUAGAUAAACGAAAUGUGAUAUUAUUUUUACAUGUAUUAGUUAUUCAUUCAUAUAAUAUUAUUUCUG